AUGAAGGAGAAAUCGAAAAAUGCUGCCCGGACUCGACGGGAAAAGGAAAAUAGUGAAUUUUAUGAACUGGCCAAACUGUUGCCGCUGCCCUCCGCCAUCACCUCCCAGCUGGACAAAGCUUCCAUCAUCCGGCUGACAACAAGCUACCUGAAAAUGAGAAUAGUCUUUCCUGACGGCCUUGGGGAGUCCUGGGGUCAUGUGAGUCGCAGCAGUGUUCUGGAGGGAGUCAGUCAGGAAUUAGGCUCCCAUCUCUUACAGACAUUAGAUGGUUUCAUUUUUGUGGUUGCGCCUGAUGGGAAAAUAAUGUACAUAUCAGAAACAGCAUCAGUCCAUCUGGGCCUGUCGCAGGUAGAGUUGACUGGAAACAGCAUUUAUGAAUACAUUCACCCAGCAGACCAUGAUGAAAUGACAGCUGUCCUCACAGCACACCAGCCUUAUCAUUCACACUCUGUUCAAGAAUAUGAGAUGGCGCGCUCAUUCUUCCUGAGAAUGAAAUGUGUCCUUGCUAAAAGAAAUGCUGGUCUUACCUGUGGCGGCUACAAGGUGAUCCACUGCAGUGGCUACCUGAAGAUCCGUCAGUACAGCCUGGACAUGUCUCCAUUUGAUGGCUGCUACCAGAACGUUGGGCUGGUGGCUGUUGGUCACUCACUGCCGCCCAGCGCAGUCACUGAGAUCAAACUGCACAGCAACAUGUUCAUGUUCAGAGCCAGCUUGGACAUGAAGCUCAUCUUCCUUGACUCACGGGUUGCAGAACUGACGGGUUACGAGCCUCAAGAUCUUAUAGAGAAGACUCUCUAUCACCAUGUCCACAGCUGUGACACCUUCCACCUGCGAUGUGCUCAUCACUUGUUGCUGGUGAAGGGUCAGGUCACCACUAAGUAUUACCGUUUCUUGGCCAAGCAUGGUGGCUGGGUGUGGAUUCAGAGUUACGCAACCAUUGUACACAACAGCCGCUCAUCCCGACCUCAUUGCAUCGUCAGUGUCAAUUAUGUCCUAACGGAGACAGAGUAUAAAGGCCUUCAGCUUUCUCUGGACCAGGCCACAUCCAAGGCCUCUUUCCCCUACAACAGCGACACCACCAAUAGCUUCACGGACAACUGCAGAACUCCCAAGAGCAGAAUGUCCCGGCCCAAGACCAAAGCUAGACUCUCACCAUACACACAGCCACAUUUCUCACUGCAGUAUCCUAGUUUCCAGAUGGCGCGGUCAGAGUCUGACCAGGACAGCCCAUGGAGCAGCAGCCCCCUCACCGACUCAGCCUCCCCUCAGCUGCUGGAGCAGAGUGAAGGCCUAGAUGGCUCCUGUGUGUACAGACAGUUCACUGAUCCUCGCCCACUGUGCUACAGCCUGUCUGAAGAGCAAUGUCACUCCACCAGCGAAGGCCAUGCACAUUUGCACACAUAUGGUCAAGGUCAGAGUUGUGAGCGGGGUCGAUGCGAGGCAGGGCGAUAUUUUCUAGGAGCACCACCGGCCAGCAGGAGCGCGUGGUGGGAUACUACCCGGUCCAUCAUUCCACUGAGCAAGAGCUCCUUGGAGAACCAUGAGGGAUUUGAUAGCAGCAUGCCACAUAUCACAGCCAUCCACAGCUACCACGGCCUGGGCCACUGUGAUGAGGACAGCAUGGCCAGCUCACCAGAUGGAGGCUCAGCCAGUGACUCAGGGGAUCGGUACCAGGCUGACCACUACAGCUGCAGCCCACAGGAACCCAGCAAGAUCAAGACACUGAUCCGAGCUACACAGCAGAUGAUCAAGGAAGAAGAAAGUCGACUUCAGCUGCGCAAAGGCCCUCCAGAUGCUCCACUAGGACCAGUAAAUGGACUACCCAAGGGCCCUGGUCCAUGCUUUACUUCUGAGUAUACUCAAGGGCCCCUGCCACUGCAGACUGUGAUGUGUCGAGGUUUGAGUCAGGUGAUCAGCCCCGCAAAUAGCCCCGCCCCUCUAUCCAGGCUUAGCAGUCCAGGGUCUGAGCGCCUCCAGAAGCCCAAAGACUACCUUCCAACAGACCUGUCCCCCAUUUCUUUGCCAUUACACCACUCUCUUGCUCGACCAGGCCAGUGUUUGGCUUCCCCUACUCCGGUGCCAGCUCUCUACCCCUCCCACAACCACCCACGGUCUUACUUGGACAAGCAUACAGCUUACUCUUUGAGAGGCUAUGCUCUGGAGCAUCUCUAUGACCCAGAAAGCAUCCGGGGCUAUUGCCCCUCCACCAGCACUGGCCACACCCACUAUGAGAUGACCCCACACCUCCGCAUACAGGCAGAGCAGACCCCUGGACACAAAGGCACUUCUGUCAUUAUCACCAACGGCAGCUAACACUCAUCUACCACACAGAGUGGGACUGUAGUCACACAGCCUGAACUGGUUAGCUGCAUUACAGCAUUAAGCUUUUUCAUUUUGGGAUCUGUUAGCUUGUUUUUCCAUCAUACCAAUUCGAUUCUGAUGCUAAUCUUAUUUGUUGCUUAAUUAUGGAUAGAAAUUCCUAAAUGUUGCUCAAACUUCAAUUUUUACUUUUUCCAAGUCUGCAAAAGAGCACGUUAAUCAGUGUGUGUUUUUCUGAAUGGGUGCUAGGUGUGCUAGUCAGAGGUGGGGGUAAGUCACAUGUGAAGUCACAAGCAAGUCACAAGUAAGUUCCAUAUUACUGUGUUGAAAAUCAAGCAAGUCAAGUCAAGCCCCUACUACAAGUCAAGCAAAUCAGAAUUCAAGUCAUACAAAAUUCUGAUGAUCUGAUAAUGCAAUGGGAAUAUCAAGUAUUUAAGUGAAGCAAACAUCCUCUGAUUAUUAAUUGUGGAUUCAUAGAUUUUAAACUAACCCUUAGCCAUUAAAUAAAAAAGG